AUGCUGGCUGCAAGCAAGCUGGAGGAUCGCACAAACUUUGGUCCAGCACAAGGUCUUCUGCGCCGCCUCCAAGUUGCCCUGCAACAGGCCUACUCGAAUUAUGGAAUUCGCGGGCUGAGGGAUGAGUUGGAGUUCCAAAUGUACUCGGAAGAUAUCACGGCGGAAUUUGGCACUCCAAACGAGGAGAUGCAGAAGAUUAUUGCCGAUUUGCGACGUCCAACGGAGGCUUACCCUCAAGCGCGUGCGAUGCAGCGCACAAUACAUCUACAUGUCGGCCCCACCAACUCGGGGAAAACUUAUCAUGCGCUUAAACGCCUGGAAUCAAGCAAAAACGGCUUCUACGCGGGGCCUCUGCGGCUUCUGGCGCAGGAGGUAUAUCAACGAUUCACGUCUGCUGGAAUCUCCUGCAGCUUGAUCACCGGUGACGAGGUUAAAAUCCACCAAGGGGCUGAGCCUGCAGGGAUUGUGAGUAACACCGUCGAAAUGAUCAGCAUAGGACAGCCUUAUGAGGUCGGAAUUAUCGAUGAGAUCCAGAUGAUCAGUGACACUCGGCGUGGGUGGGCCUGGACUCGUGCGUUUCUCGGUGCCCGCGCCAAGGAGCUCCAUCUCUGUGGUGAACUAAGAGUGGUUCCUCUGAUCCGGGAGCUAGCUGCUCUGUGCGGAGACAAGCUAGAAGUCCAUCGCUACGAACGACUGAACGAACUGAAAGUCGCCACCAAAAGUCUACGCGGUGAUCUGAACAAUCUUCAGAAGGGCGACUGUGUCGUCUCCUUCUCCCGUGUUGGGAUUCACGCUCUGAAAGCCGAGAUCGAAAAGACUACAGGAAAAAGAGCAGCAAUUGUUUACGGUAGUUUGCCGGCCGAAAUCAGAACCCAGCAAGCCCGGCUCUUCAACGACCCCAACAAUGAUUACGACUUUUUGGUUGCCAGCGACGCCAUUGGCAUGGGCCUCAACUUGAGCUGCAAGCGUAUCAUCUUCGAGACCGUGAUCAAAAGGGUUCCGGCUGGGCUCGUACGGCUCACUGUGCCCGAGAUCAGACAGAUUGGCGGGAGAGCCGGUCGUUAUCGGCCUGCUACACAGCACCGGGGGGCUUCGAAAGAUGAUGGGAAGGAAAAUGUCGGUUGGGUGACGUCCCUCGAAGAAGUCGAUCUACCUUACAUCAAGCAGGCAUUCGAAAACGAGCCCCCUGCUCUUGUUGCUGCCGGCUUGCACGCCCCGGACGCUGUCUUCCAGAAAUUCGCAGCGUAUUAUCCUUCGAACACCCCCUUGGAAUACUUGAUCAAGCGCAUUUAUGCAGUUGCCAGAGUACAUCCGCUUUUCUUCCUGUGUGAUCCUCGCAAUCAGCUCGAAAACGCCACAAUCAUCGAUUCGGUUGAAGGGCUGCGCAUCCCUGAUCAAUUGACUCUCAUGGCCGCGCCGAUGUAUGUCAAGGACAUCAUUGGCCGGGACGCUGCUGUCGAUUUCGCUCUAGGCGUUGCCCAGAAUUCGGACGGUCAUCUUUUGAGCUUUCCCAGCCUCAACCUGGAGAUUCUUGAGCAGGAGGUUUCGGCGAGCAAAGAGUAUACGACCGAACUGGAAUCCCUGCAUAAGUCUAUCGUUUUAUAUCUUUGGCUGAGCUACCGCUUUGGCGGCAUCUUCACAGACCGGACAUUAGCCACGCACGUCAAGGAGCUGCUAGAAGAAAGGAUGGUCCGGGCUUUGACGGAAUUUUCCGCAAACAAGAAGCUUAGAAAGGAUUCUUCUCUCCGGCGGCAGCUUGCUCUUGAAAAGCAGAGCGCGGAGCUACAACAGCUGCUGGCAGAGACAACUGCUACGACCUAUGGUAGCGACAUCACUUCCCUUGAUUCUUCCGAACAAGACAGCUCGUUCCAAGGAGACGACUUACUGGAAGAACCUGUGUUGGAAGAUCCUGAAGACGAGGCCAAUUUAGAGGAAUCUGCUCAGGAUGAGCAGGUUCAGGAGGAACCGUUCUGGGAUAAGCGAGUCCAGGAUGAGCAUGUUCAAGAUGAGCGAGUACACGAAGAUCAAGAGCAAGGAAAGCGAAGGACCCAAAAAGGGCCUCACUAG